CAGCUUUUUUGACAUUUGACAGACAAGCGGUACAUUGGCGUUUAUUGCUGGACUCCUAGCGGCACUUUCGUCGGUCGUGACUUGGAAGGAAAAGGAAGUAGUCGCUGAAAGAGAAAGAGAAACAGAUUCAAAUCAAAUGCCGAAGCGGACUACUCACACGUACUCCAGCGAGGACGCCGCGCCGGACCGCCCGGACUCCGAUCUCUUCGUAUACUAUUGCAAGCACUGCAGCUCUCACAUUCUCAUCACCGAUACGCAAUUGCAGAAAAUGCCAAAGAGAAAAACUGACAAAGCAUAUGUAUUGGACAAGAAGAAGCAUCUUGCAAGGCUGAAUACUAGUGAAGGGGGAAAAAUUCUCUUGAAGCGUGGUGAAGGAAAAAUGGAGAAGCAGUAUAGAAUGAAUUGUCUGGGUUGUGAGCUGUUUGUUUGCUAUCGUGCAGAAGAAGACCUAGAAUCCUCCUCUUUCAUAUAUGUGGUUGAUGGUGCUCUUAGUACAAUUGCUGCUGAAACCAAUCCACAGGAUGCUCCUGUACCACCCUGUAUAUCGCAGUUAGAAGGAGGCCUUGUUCAAGUAGCAAUAGAAGUGGAAGACCGUGCACAGCGCUCUGCAAUUACAAGAGUAAAUGCUGAUGAUGUUCGGGUCUCUGUAGCUGCACCUGCAGCCCGAGGAGAAGCUAACAAUGAGCUUUUAGAAUUCAUGGGAAAAGUAUUGGGCCUUAAAUUAAGCCAGAUGAGUCUUCAAAGAGGAUGGAAUAACAAAUCGAAGCUCCUUGUGGUCGAAGAUUUGACUGCAAGACAGAUAUAUGAGAAACUUCUGGAAGCUGCACAACCUUGAUACAGCUUAAAUGGUUUUUGAAUCUAAAAAUUCUUCACGAUUGUUCCCAAGCUUGUAAAAUUUCAACUUUGUACUUCUUGAUACUUUUAUAUAACGGUAAAUACGUUGGUUCGGAUUAUAAUGCAAUAUGAAUUGAGAGUGUAACUUAGAACA